CGGGUCCCUGCGCUCCCAAGAUGGCGGCGACCGCGGGCUCCAUCGGAGCCUCCGCUGCUCCCCCCGAACCGCCCGAGACCGCUCCCGAACCUCCCCCCGCCGAACCGCCCGGACCGCCCGAACCCAGCGCUGCGGACACCGAGACCCCCGGAGGGGACCCUGCCCUGGCUGAUGUCACCACAGCUCUGGACACAGAGUCCUCCAACGGGAAGGAUCCCCUGGAAGCUGCUGGGGACAGCUCAGAGGUCCUGGAUGCCCAGGGAGGUUCCGUGGAUGAGGAAAAUGGGAGGCAACUGGGAGAGAUUGAGCUGCAGUGUGGGAUCUGCACCAAGUGGUUCACAGCUGACACCUUUGGCAUUGACACCACGUCAUGCCUGCCCUUCAUGACCAACUACAGCUUCCACUGCAAUGUUUGCCACCACAGUGGGAACACCUAUUUUUUAAGAAAACAAGCAAAUCUCAAGGAAAUGUGCCUUAGUGCUUUGGCCAACUUAACCUGGCAGUCAAGGACACAAGAUGAGCACCCAAAAACCAUGUUCUCCAAAGAUAAGGAUAUUAUCCCAUUUAUUGAUAAAUACUGGGAAUGCAUGACCACACGCCAGAGGCCUGGGAAGAUGACUUGGCCUAACAAUAUUGUGAAAACUAUGUGUAAAGAAAGAGAUGUUUUCUUGGUGAAAGAGCACCCAGACCCAGGGAGUAAAGACCCAGAAGAAGAUUACCCCAAAUUUGGACUUUUAGACCAAGAUCUUGCCAACAUUGGUCCUGCUUAUGACAACCAGAAGCAGAACAACACCGUGUCCACGAGUGGGAGCUUAAAUGGUGGAGCCUCUUUGGGAGGGGGAAUGGCUGCAGGAGGCAGUGGGAAGGGACGAGGAGCCAAACGCAAGCAGCAGGAUGGGGGCACCACGGGAACAGCCAAGAAAACCAGGAGUGACCCCCUGUUCUCAGCUCAACGUUUACCCCCCCAUGGUUACCCUCUGGAACAUCCCUUCAACAAGGACGGGUACCGCUACAUCCUGGCUGAGCCUGAUCCCCAUGCUCCCGACCCAGAAAAGCUGGAGCUGGAUUGUUGGGCAGGAAAACCCAUCCCUGGGGACCUCUACAGAGCCUGCCUCUAUGAACGAGUCCUCCUGGCCCUGCAUGACCGAGCUCCUCAGUUGAAGAUUUCUGAUGACAGGCUGACAGUUGUUGGGGAGAAGGGUUAUUCCAUGGUGAGAGCCUCACAUGGAGUCAGGAAAGGAGCCUGGUACUUUGAGAUAUCCAUGGAUGAGAUGCCUCCAGACACAGCUGCCAGACUGGGCUGGUCACAGCCCUUAGGGAACCUCCAGGCCCCUCUGGGAUAUGACAAAUUCAGCUAUUCCUGGCGCAGCAAAAAGGGAACAAAGUUUCACCAAUCCAUAGGGAAGCACUACUCAGCUGGCUAUGGGCAGGGGGAUGUGCUGGGCUUUUACAUCAGUCUGCCAGAAGACACAGAGACUGCCAAAUCCCUGCCUGACACCUACAAAGAUAAGGCUCUGAUCAAAUUCAAAAGCUACUUGUACUUUGAAGAGAAGGACUUUGUGGACAAAGCAGAGAAGAGCCUGAAGCAAGCACCUGGAAGCCAGAUAAUAUUCUUCAAGAAUGGUGCCAACCAAGGAGUUGCCUUUAAAGACAUCUUUGAAGGAGUUUAUUUCCCUGCAAUUUCUUUGUACAAAGGCUGCACAGUUUCUAUAAAUUUUGGGCCAUAUUUCAAGUAUCCACCCAGGGAUAUCACAUACCAUCCAAUGAGUGACAUGGGCUGGGGAGCAGUCGUGGAGCACACCCUGGCAGAUGUCCUGUACCACGUGGAGACAGAAGUUGAUGGGAGGAGAAGCCCCCCCUGGGAGCCCUAACUCAAGGAGGUGGUGACACAACCUUUAACAACAAGGACACAGUGGUGAUGUCCAGUCCAGAGCUGGGUUUUUUUGGGGUUUUUUUUAAUUAUUCCAGAGGAACAGAGCACUCCCAGCAAGCAAAGUGUCUGGGUGGUUGGUGCCUGCUGCAGAUUCCUGCUUUUCCCAGGGUGUUGGAAUCAUUUGGAUCUGUUUUAUGCUACUUGUGGGCAUCUCUUGGGGGGGCUGAGUAACUCUUGAGGGGCUGAGUAACUCUUGGGGGGUUGUAGCCAAGUGAAGAAGCAAGUUUUGUGUUGAGAUCCUGGUCUCCUGUGCUGUCCCAGCCACUUUUUGGGGUGCUGCUCUCUGCUUCCAGCCUGGCUCCAAAGCCACCAGGAAAAAAAAAGGGACAACAUUGUCCUGGGAACAAAAGUUUUCCCUUGGGGAGGGAGGAUGAGCCCUGCCCAGCCCAUGUGUCCCCCCCUGAUUGUCCCCACAACGAGGUGGCCACCCCCUCCCCACCUUCUUGCUCCCCAAAAACCAGGGACCUGUCCUCAAAACCUCUCCUGGAGCAGGGACAAAUCCCUAAGGAUCACCCCCCCUCUCCCAGGACGUGUCCCCAGCCUUGUCCCUUGCACCAGGGGUGUCCCCCCCCCCCCCCUCUUUCCCCCAUGCCCCCCAACCCCUUGGGCACCCUGGGCCACCAGCCCCCCAGCCUGGCUGGCCACAAGGAAGG